UCCCCUCUUUCACUAGGUCCUUUGUUUCCUUGAAAGCCUUUUAUUUUGUAAGUUCCCUUAAAUUUUUUUUAGUGCCAAACUCUUAGAGCAUCAUUUCCUUGCUUUUUAAGCAUUGCCACCAGUUUCAAAGCACCCUUCUGCGCUCCUCUCUUACUGCUACACAUCUCAAGCAUCCGUAGUUUCCGUCUUCCCAAUGGCUGCAACUGCACCUGCAACAGAAACAAGAGUUGAAAUUAAAGAACCUCCUACAGAAGAACUUUUAGAACCUCUCAUGUGCAAGAGCUGUGUGUUGAAAGUCUCCAUUCAUUGUCAAGGCUGCACAAGGAAAGUUAAAAAAAUCCUACAGAGCAUAGACGGUGUUUAUUGCACAUCAAUAGAUUUGAGGCAACAGAAGGUUAUAGUAAAGGGAAACGUAGACAGCGACACUUUGAUUAAGAAACUAACAGAGACAGGGAAACGCGCUGAGUUAUGGCCAGACCAACCCGAACUGAAGAAGAAGAAGAAGAAAAAGAAAAAGAAGAAGAAGAAGGCAAACCCAGAGAACAAAGAGAAACCGAGCGAACAAGAAAGCAGCGAAGAAAGCAACCAGAGCGGCGACGACAACAACAACGAAAAGGAAGCUAUUAAGGUUGUCGUUCAAGACCCAGCCAAAAACAACGAAGGAUUUUUUAACGUAAACAGAGUUGGUGAAGGAAGCGCAACCGGCUUAACCGGGGUGCAGUUCCAGGAUCCGAGGAUGGAGGUGAGGCAAACGGUGAUGGUACCACCCGGUUACCAGUCAUCGGUGAUGGGCGAGAAAAGGGUUACUAUCAACGUCCCUGGCAUGAUGGAUGAGAACGAGGGUGGCAGUGGAGGGAAAAGGACGAAAAGCAAGGGGCAAAAAGGGAAUGUUGUAAUCAACGGCGGCAACGAGGGUGUUACUGUGGUGGAACACGCUGGUGGAGAUUGGAACCAGAUGCCUGGUGGUCAUGGACAUGGGCCACCCAAUGAGAGUCCCCCACGGCAUCAGUACCCACCGCACUAUCAUGCACCCGCAUCUCCAGUAUACACUGGAACCUACCACACAGCGUAUCCCACUGUCACCCGCUACGGUGCUGCGUAUUAUACGUCCCCGCAACCGUAUUCGUAUUCUCACGUGUAUCGGUGCGUUGGGUCCGAGUCAGACUCAGAAACUUAUACAUCACCUUCACCACCGUCUUGUUCCUUCGAAUUAUUCAGCGAUGAAAAUCCUAAUGCCUGCUUUAUCAUGUGAGUGUUGUCACGAAAUUUCAACCACCGUAACUAACUUUCUUUUUCUUAAUCUCGUUGUGCUCUCUUGAAUAUUAAUGCAUGAAUACUGGGUGUGUCAGUUUCAAUUCAGAGUGAGGAAUUUUAUUUAUUUUUCUCAAAUCUCGUUUAGAAAUCAAUAAUCUUUUGUAGUGCGCUGAGAUAAUACGAAUUAUUGGCUACUCAACGGGUCAACGUUCGAAUUUCACUUUA